AUGGAGACUAAGAAAGGUUCCUUAUCAUGGGACAACUUGAAAUAUGAAUUAAAUCCUUGGUUACAAGAAGCUAUACGGUCUAUGGGAUAUCCAACCAUGACUCCAGUUCAAGCAUCUACUAUACCGUUACUUAGUGGGAAUAAAGAUGUGGUAGUAGAAGCCGUGACAGGUUCAGGAAAGACUUUAGCAUUUGCUAUGCCGGUAUUACAAAAGGUAUCAGAACGUUUAUAUUCGGUGAAUGAAGAAGAAGGAACUCCAGAGAAAGUUAAACGAGGUCAUAUGUUAGCUAUAAUAUUGUCACCAACCAGAGAAUUAGCUAGUCAAAUUCAAUCUGUAUUCAAUUCAGUCUUGGAAUAUUUACCAGAAGACAAAGAACCUAUCAAGACCCAGCUCUUAGUUGGUUCAUUAUCUGGAGUGAGAGAAGAUAUUGAUAACUUUUUAAACAAUAGACCUCAGAUUUUGAUAGCGACUCCCGGUAGAAUGUUAGAUUUCUUAUCAUCAAAUUAUGUGAAGACGACUUCAGUGGAAAUAGCGAUUUUAGAUGAAGCUGAUAAAUUAUUAGAUUUUUCAUUUGAAAAGGAUAUCACCAAUAUCUUGAAGAGAUUACCUAAACAACGUCGUACUGGUUUAUUUUCGGCCACUAUAUCAUCAGCAGGUGAUACUAUUUUCAGAACCGGUAUGAAUAAUCCAGUCAGAGUAGCUGUUAAAUCAAAAUCAGCCCAUAAUUCAGCUCCAAGCUCAUUAACUAUAUCUUACUUACCUAUAAAUCCAGAACAUAAACUUACAACUUUGAUUAAAUUAUUAGAUGAUUACAAAUUUAAGAAAUGUAUUGUUUAUUUCCCAACUUGUACAGGAGUUAAAUACUUUUAUAAUAUGUUUGAGAGAUUAGUGAGUAAAGGAGGAGAUGAUGAUCAUGUUAAAUUUGUAUCCUUGCAUGGACAAUUGUCGACCAAAGCUAGAUUAAGAGCAAUUCAAAGUUUUUCAGAUGGAGAUGCUUCAUUAAAGAAAUUUGUCUUAAUGACUACCGAUGUGGCUGCUAGAGGUAUAGAUAUUCCUGAUGUUGAUUUAGUUAUACAGAUUGAUCCCCCAACUGAUCCAGAUGUGUUCUUACAUAGAUGUGGUAGAACAGGAAGAGCCAACAAAGUGGGACAAGCUAUUGUCAUGUUAAAUAUAGAUUCCAGAGAAGAAGAAUACGCAGGAUUCAUGGAAGUUAAAGGUAUAAUGAUGAAGGAAAUGUCCUUACCUCCUAUUUCAACUAAAUAUCAUGAAGACUUUCAAAAACGAUUCAGACAGUAUGUAUUACAAGAUAGAUCUCGUCAUGAAUUAGCUAUCAAAUCAUAUGUUGGAUUUGUGAGAUAUUAUACCAAGCACAUUGCAUCUUCUAUAUUCAGAUAUCAAAACUUACCAUAUAUACCAUUAGCCAAGAUGUAUGGAUUAUUAAGAUUACCUAAGAUGCCAGAAUCCAAAUUCAUACCGAAUGAAGAAAUGCCUGAAGAUGCUUGGUUGGGGGAAGUUAUUGAUAUGGAUAAGUUUGCUUAUGCUGAUCCACUUAAAGAAAAAGCACGUCUUGAGAAUUUAGAAGCUGAAAAGUUAAAGAAGAUUCAAGAUGCUAAAAAGAGAAAAGAAUUUAAGAUUAAAAAUGAAGCAUGGUCGAGUAAAACUGAAACCAAAGAAUCUAAACAAGAAAGAAGAGAAAAGAUGAAAAGAAAGAGAGAAGCUAUCGAAAAACAAAUCAAUGAAGAAUCUUCUGGUGAUGAACAAGCACAAGAAGAUUGGAAAGAAGUGGUCAAGACUAAUAAAAAGAAAAAGGUCUCCGCUGUGCAAGGUUCUUUUGACGAUUUGUAA